AUGAAACGAGGAAGAGAAGAAAGCAUGGAGGAAUCCAGUUCUAGGGUUUCUCCCACUCUUCACCACUCCACAGCAGGCAUCAUCAAGCGACUUCGCCUCGAGAACUUCAUGUGUCACUCCAAACUCGAGACUGAGUUCGGAAAACACGUCAAUUUCAUUACGGGCCAAAACGGAAGUGGUAAGAGUGCAAUCCUAACUGCACUGUGUGUUGCAUUUGGCUGUCGGGCCAAAGGAACUCAGAGAGCAUCCAGUAUGAAGGAUUUCAUCAAAACUGGUGCCAGUAAUGCUGUCAUCCAAGUUGAAAUUCAAAAUGAAGGAGAGGAUGCUUUCAAGCCUGAAAUAUAUGGUCAUGUUAUCAUUGUAGAACGUAGGAUAUCUGAAUCCACAAGUUCUACUACAUUAAAAGAUCACAAAGGAAGGAAAGUUGUCAGUCGAAAAGCAGAUCUUCUAGAAAUCGUUGAACAUUUUAAUAUUGAUGUGGAGAAUCCAUGUGUAAUUAUGACUCAAGACAAAAGCAGGGAAUUUUUGCAUUCUGGGAAUAACAAAGAUAAAUUUAAGUUCUUUUACAAGGCCACACUUCUUCAGCAAGUCAAUGAUCUUCUGGAAAGCAUUUCCAAUGAAAUUACUUAUGCAUAUGAUAUAGUUAAGGAUUUAGAGGCUGCAAUAAAGCCCAUUGAGAAUGAGCUUAAUGAGUUGCAAGUUAAAAUUAGAAACAUGGAACAUGUUGAACAAAUAUCCAUACAGGUUCAGCGGUUAAAAAAGAAACUUGCAUGGUCAUGGGUUUAUGAUGUGGACAAGCAACUAGAGGAACAAAAUGUAAAGAUUGAAAAGUUGAAGAACCGGAUACCUACCUGCCAGGCUAAGAUUGAUCAACAACUGCAUUUGGUUGAAAAGUUGAAGGAAAGCUGCUCCAAGAAGAGAGAUGAAAUUGCAAGAAUGUUGGAGAAGACAUCACAAGUUAAGCAAAUGAAGGAAAAUUUAAACCAAUCCGUGUCCAUGGCAAAGAAAGAGGCAUUUGAACUUGAGCGAGACUGCAAAUGCAAAACUAGCAACAUACAGAAGAUGGUACAGCAACUUAAAAUGCUUGAACAACAAGUACGGGAUAUUCGUGAGCAGCAUGAAAAAAAUACUCAGGCUGAAGAAUGUAAUGCGGAGGAAAAACUGAAGGUGCUCAAAGAUGAGGUUCAUGCAGCUGAGCUAAAGCUGAAGAGAUUGAAAGAAGAAGAUGCUUCAUUAAUGGAAAGCAUACGUAGGCAAAAUGAUGAAAUCCGAAAGAUAGCUGAUAAGAUUCAUGAUCAUGAAAAAAAUCGCCAUGCUAUCAUGUGUCGAAUUCGUGAUCUUCAACAACAUGAAAGCAAUAAGAUUACUGUUUUUGGAGGAUCGAAAGUAAUCCAUUUGUUACAAAUAAUUGAGAGAUACCACCAAAAGUUUAAGAUGCCUCCAAUUGGUCCAAUUGGUGCCCAUCUGAAGCUUCUUCAUGGUAAUAAAUGGGCUCUUGCCCUUGAAUAUGCUAUUGGAAGAUUGCUGAAUUCUUUUAUAGUGACAAAUCAUGCGGAUUUUCGUCUUCUGAAACAAUGUGCCAAGGAAGCAAACUAUGGUCACCUUCAAAUUAUUAUUUAUGAUUUUUCAAUACCAAGAUUGGCUAUACCACAGCAUAUGCUUCCUGAUACAGAACAUCCAUCAAUUAUUUCUGUCUUACAAUGCGAGAACCAUACUGUGAUUAAUGUCUUAGUGGAUCAGGGACAUGUUGAGAGACAAGUGUUAGUCAAGGAUUACGAAGUCGGGAAAGUGGUUGCCUUUGAGCGAAAGAUCCAAAAUUUGAAGGAGGUCUAUGCAGCAAAUGGAUGUAGAAUGUUUUCUCGAGGUCCAGUGCAGACUGUUCUUCAACCAAAUAAGAGGCAAAGAACUGGUCGUCUUUGUGGUUCUUUUGAAGAUGAGAUUGAAAAACUUAAAGUUGAAGCAUCUGAUGAACAAAAGGUUGCUGAUGACUGUAAAAAGAAUAAAAGAGUGGCAGAAGUCAAGCUUGAGGAGCUUGACAAAAAUAUAAGUUCUAUAAAGAGACAAUGUGUAAAUGCAGGUAAAAGUUAUACUUCUAAGAAGCUAGCUUUGGAGGAAGAAAUGCAUUUGCACACUGCUGAAAAUAGUGCAACACCAUUGUCCUCUGUUGAUGAGUUCGUCGAAGAAAUUUCAGAGAUCCAGAAAAAAAUAGGAGAAGAACAAGUCUUACUGGAUGGCCUUCAGCAAAAAGGGCUUGAAGCAGCAGGAAGAGCAGAUGAUCUUAAAGUGAAAUUUGACAAACUGUGUGAAUCAGCGAAUGGUGAAAUUGCUGCCCUGGAGAAAGCUGAGAGUGAACUUGUAGAAAUUGAAAAAGAAAUGGGUUCAGCAAAAAAGGCAAAGGAUCAUUAUGAGGGUGUCAUGAAAAACAAGGUCCUAAUUGAUAUUAAGGAGGCAGAGGAACACUAUCAGGAGCUUACAAAGAAACGCAAGGAAAGUGUUGAAAAGGCUUCUAUAAUUUGCUCUCAGAAUGAGCUUGAAACGUUAGGAGGUUGUGAUGGGAAUACCCCAGAGCAAAUCAGUGCUCAAUUAGAAAGACUGAAUCAGACACUUAGGCGUGAGAGUCAACGGUACUCUGAAUCAAUCGAUGAUCUUAGGAUGCUGUAUAAGAAAAAAGAGCGGAAGAUUAUUAAAAGGCAGCAAGUUUACAAAACCCUUCGACAGAAAUUGGAUGCUUGCCAGAGAGCCUUAGAGUUACGAAAGAGAAAGUUUCAGAGAAAUGCAACUUAUCUGAAGCAUCAGCUUUCUUGGAAAUUUAAUGGUCAUUUGAGAAAGAAAGGGAUUAGUGGACUUAUCAAAGUUAAUUAUGAACAGAAAACCUUAAUGAUUGAGGUACAAAUGCCACAAGAUGCAUCAAACAAAGCUGUUCGAGAUACUAGGGGGCUUUCAGGUGGGGAGCGUUCUUUUUCAACAUUGUGCUUUGCGUUGGCGCUUCAUGAAAUGACAGAGGCCCCUUUUAGAGCAAUGGAUGAAUUUGAUGUCUUCAUGGAUGCAGUAAGCCGAAAAAUCAGCUUGGACACUCUAGUUGAUUUUGCUGAGGCACAUGGAUCACAGUGGAUAUUCAUCACUCCGCAUGAUACUAGCAUGGUGAGGACGGGGGACAGGAUUAAGAAGAUGCAAAUGGCUGCUCCACGUUCUUGA